GAGAUGUAGGGUACAUUUCAAAAUAGGACAGCUUUGUAGAGUACCAAAACACCUCCCUCUCUCUCUCUUCCUUUUUCUCCAUCUUUCUCUCUCACACAUAUACACACAAACACGCAUAUUCAUAGAUUGGAAGGUGAAUCAGUGGUGUUCAUUGUUUAAAAUUUACUUCUUUUUCUAGAGAGAAGAAGAACCCGAUGCCUCUUUUUGAUGUGUGAGUGGGUGGUGCUGUGCUUCUGCUGUUCAUACCCUAAUCUUGUGCCCAAAUUUGUGUUCAUCAUCAUCUUGUAUAAAAAUCUUAUCUUUUUUAUACCCUUUAUAUUCUCUCUCAUUUUCCCAACUUACCCAGAAACACAAGUUCAUAAAGAUAAGGUUCUAUGAUCAAACUUGAGUUUAAUUAUCUGAUGAUCAUCUCUCACCACCAGGCAUGCUUUCAAGCAGAUAAGUGUGGGGCUUUGGUUUUGAAAUUCUAGAGAGAGAAAGUUAGAGAGAGAAAGGUACUACUAGUGUCUUGUUUAUAUAUGCUGAAGGGGGCAGUUGUUGCUGUGAAGAAGAGUUCUUGUGACUGUUUAUACAACAGUACAAGAAAACAUAAGAUUAUCAGCAGCAGAUGAUAUCCAUUGAUGAUCAUGCAGCAUCAGAUCAUAAUCAACAACAAAAGCCUCAUGAUCUCAAGGUUUCUGAUAUAGAUCUGAAGUCUACAGAUGCUGCUCUUGAUGACACCAGCAACCCUCUGCCAAAUUUUUCUAUAAGGGAUUAUGUUUUCGGUUUGAGGAGCAAAGAUAUUGCCGGUAACUGGCCUUUUUCAUCGAAAAGUUUGCAACUUUGCUUGAAACAUGGAGUCAAGAACUUGUUGCCACCUUUCGAGUCUCUUGACAGUUUAAGAAAUAACUCGUCGUUGACGCGAUGCGGUCUUGAAAAUCGUUCGCCUGAUGAAGAACUUGUAACCAGUUUUGAUGGGAAACCCGCAAAUGAUUUAAUCAAACCAAACAAAAAGAUAGCAAGUACGAUUCCAAGCGGUUCAAAAGAAGAGAAAGGACAAUCGGGUCAAACAAGGUCGAAGGAGAAAGAGAAACCACCUGCUUCUUCUCAAAAAGCCAGAAAUGUUUCUGUUAACAUAAUUACUAAAAAGAGUAGAUUGGUUGUGAAAGUGAAUUCGGGUGUCGAACACGUGACCCCAAACUCUGAAACCAUGGCGUCUAAAGUUUGUCCGGUUUGCAAGAUUUUUUCCUCGUCUUCAAACACGACCCUAAACGCUCACAUUGACCAGUGUUUGACCGGGGAGGGGACUAUGAAAUGGACUGAAAAUCCCAAAGUUAUAGUCAAACAUAAAGUCAAACCUCGGAAGAUGAGGUUGAUGCCAGAUAUAUACAAAACAGCUCCACAUUGUACAGUUGAGGAACUCGAUAGAAGAAACGGUACAAGUUGGGCUACAAAUUCGAGUUUUCCCGCUCAGGAAUCCCAAUUUCAAGGCGAAGAAGAAGAAGAAGACGAAGAAGAGAAAGAAGAGCCUCGGUUGACUAAAGUCAACCAUGAGGCUGCUGAUAAUGAAGGUGAUGUUUAUAUUGACACCAACGGCACCAAAGUUCGGAUCUUAUCGGUCCCGAAAAUCAGUGCGUCUGGUAAUCUUGAAGGUCGAAAGAUACAGAAGGGAGUAAAAGGAAGUAAACUGAUGAUGGGCAAGAAAAAUAAAAAUAAUCUUAUUAAGAAGAAACAUCACAAAAAGUAUCUGAAACUUACCCCUAAUACAAAAAAAUUAUGCCCACCAAAGCCUAAGGUUGUUUAUGAUCCGGCAAAAAGUGGUCAGCGAGAAGACGUUGUUAUGGCCGAAAAUUGCAGCAAAGAUGAACGGGGUAAGGAGAUUACGAAAGUGGCUGAUUCGGUUAUUUCACGGCCACCAUGGGCAUGCUCAAAGCGAUCCGGUCUUUCUAUAAAAUUCAGUGACAAGAACCGAAAGGUGGAACCAAAACGUCAUAAAACAAAAGUUUUGGUUGUUGAAAAUAGUGAUAAAACUUUUUCGGGGAGUGAUCUGUCUUCUUCGCAAAGUAGGAAGAAAACGAUAAGUUCGUUAUCGUUGGUUAAGAAGCCUCUUAACACAAGGGUUGAGUUCAGAAAGGAAGCUACUCGUAUGCAUCAUAACGAUGAUGAGGAUGAUGAUGGUGAUGGUGAUUCGGAAUCUGAUGAUGAUAGCGAUGAUGAGGAUUAUGAUUGUCAGGGUACUCUUGAUGCUGCUAAUAGAUCAAAGAGCGGCAAGCUUUCGUCUUUAAGCCGGAAUUUGUCAUUCCCAGCCUCGAAAUUCAGUCUCAAAAGAAAAUUUUCUUCCGUUGAGAAAUCUCGUGUCAAAUCUGUUGACGGGCCAUCUCAAGAUUCUUCAAAAGAACAAUCUAGAAUGGAAGAACACGCGUCUAUUAAUAAGAAACAAGAAACAAGAUCUAUUACUUCGAAAGGUUCAAAUGAAGAAUCUUCUGUGGGGAUUCAAACGGUUAACGGGAAUGAAUCAGAAUGCGUUAAAAACGGGACGUUAUUGUCAAUUCGGCCCCCGAGUUUUAUGGGUUUGAGCUCCUCUUUUGAUCCUGAGUUUUCAAACCAGGAGUGCAUUGAGUUGUAUCAAGAUCAAAUAUGUUCAACUAACCGCGCUCCAAACGAUGUUGACCAACAAGAAAAUUACUUCCAAGAAGUUGACCCGAUACCGAUUCCCGGGCCUCCUGGGUCGUUCUUGCCCGCGAGCCCAGGUGGCGAAAUGGUUUCUGAAGAACCAGUUCAAGAAACUAGGGUUCAUUCAAGUGAAAAUCAGCGUCAUCAUGAUACAAUCGAUCGAGAUUCCAUGUCGAAUUCUCCGGUUUCAACAGUCUCUAAUUCAAGAUCUAGUUGCGGAAAAGAUGAGAUGUAUACAAAGCCGUAUUUCAAUGGCGACACAGGAGUUACGGAAACGGUUCAAUCUCACAGUAGUUUCAAGAAUGAUCAGCCUUGUUGCUGCUCGAGAAAGGAGGCUGUGUUAAACUAUCAAGAUUCGUAUAUUGUAAGGAAACAGCCGACUGAAUCAAAGAACUUCAAUUACCCAAACUCAUCAGCCGUUGAUUCCACCGCUAGUCCUUCGAAACCCGUUCUCAGGUUAAUGGGGAAAAACUUAACCGUGGUUAAGACAGACGAUGAUGAUUUCAGACCUCCGCAAUCAAGUCAACGACCUGUGAUCUUCAGUCAAUAUCAAAAUGGGUUCGAGUCUCAACAUCUCAACAUCCAUCCAACAAGAAGUCAUGUUGACUUCAGGCCUGUUCAUCAUGGUUUCACCACACCUGUGGAUUAUUACGGUAACCGCGGUCCUUACCUGGAGCCCUCAAGGGCCCACUACGUUCAUAACGAUCCUCAAACAGUAGGCGCGGGGAAUGUUUAUAAUCUUCCCUCAAGCUCCAGGCCCGUUAAGGAGAUUGUCAUCGUCGAUGAUUCCCUUGAAAACGAAGAUGAUAUUACUAUGCGAAAUAGAUUUCUGAAAGAUCCAUCGUACGCAGCGUACCCGUCAUACGUUGGUGGUGGUUCGUCGUUGUUUUCGGAUAAUGGAAAUGUUUCUGGCAAGUGGAAUAUAGGAGCUUCAACAACAUACAAUCCUCCUAGCUAUCCUUGAUGGAUUGGAUUGAUGCUUGCUUACUAUACAGAUGAGUUUUUCAAUCGAUAUCUUUUUAAAGAUUUGGUUUUUAUUUAAUCUCUCAGUUUUAGAGUUUUAAGAAACUUUUUCUGAGGCUUCUGUAAACUCCUACCGGAAUAAUAAGCCUUCUCUCUUUAACUAUAAUCACUAUUUUAUGUGUUUC